UAAGGCAGGCCAGCCGACCGGCGCACACUUCCCAGCGGACCGCCGCCGUCACCGCGGACACACACUCCUGAUCCCGCUCUGAAAACACGUGCAUCCGCGGCGUGAAGAGCCGCGAACCGCCGCCGUCCACGGACCGAGGAGUGAAGGGCAGAAGGAUGGACAGAUGAGAACUGACCACAUGAGAGAUGCUGCAGGAGAAAGCUUCAGCUGUGACGGAUGAAUGUAUGACCCGGGUCCAGUCCGGAGGGGAGGCCGAUCGUCUGUCGGACCAGUCGCCACUGGGUCUGCCCACAGUUCCCAGCAUUCCCAGCACCAGUGAGCCCGACCAGAAUAUUGAGAACAUUAAAGUGGUUCUGCAUGAGAGGGAACUGUGGAAGAAGUUCCAUGAGGCGGGCACAGAGAUGAUCAUUACAAAAGCAGGCAGGAGAAUGUUUCCAAGCUACAAGAUCAAAGUAUCUGGAAUGAACCCCAAAACCAAGUACAUCCUACUUGUUGACAUCGUCCCAGCUGAUGACCACCGCUACAAGUUCUGUGAUAAUAAAUGGAUGGUGGCUGGUAAGGCUGAGCCGGCCAUGCCAGGCAGACUCUACGUUCACCCAGACUCACCCGCUACAGGAGCGCACUGGAUGAGGCAGCUGGUCUCAUUUCAGAAGCUGAAGCUCACCAACAACCACCUGGACCCUUUUGGACAUAUAAUCCUGAACUCCAUGCAUAAGUACCAGCCCAGACUACACAUAGUCAAAGCAGAUGAAAACAACGCCUUUGGAUCCAAGAACACUGCCUACUGCACACAUGUCUUUCAUGAGACAGCUUUCAUCUCUGUCACAUCUUAUCAAAAUCACAAGAUCACUCAGUUGAAGAUAGAAAACAAUCCAUUUGCCAAAGGAUUCCGAGGGAGUGAAGAAGGAGAUCUGCGUGUUUCAAGACUACAGGGGAAAGAAUAUCCCGUGAUCUCAAAGAACAUGGUUCGCCAAAGGCUCAUCUCCUCACACAACCACCUAGCAGGGAAGCUAGGAGCAGGAGUUCUGAGUGGGCAUCCACAGGUCCUGUCCUCCUAUCAGUACGAGACUGGGGUCUCUUUGUCCAAUUCAGACCCACAAGAUCCGAUCUCAAACCACUUCCCUCAGGGCAGAGAUCCUAGUCUUCUCUACCACUGCUUCAAACACAGAGAUAACGCCCGUCACCUGGAGCUAGGGUGCAAGCGUCCAUAUUUGGAGACAUCAUCUGCAGUGUCAGAGGAGCAUUACUUCCGUUCACCUCCCACUUACGAGUCCCCCCUGUUGUCCCACCCAUACUGCACCGAGGCCAUCUCCUCCAGAGAAGCGUGUAUGUACGGAGGCAUGGAAACAGAGUCAGGAUCUGGGGCAGCGGACACAGAUGACCUGAACAACUCCCCUUCAAUAAAUUGCAACAUGUGGGCCACGAUGCAGCCGUACCCCCGUUACAGCAUGGACGGCCUCCCCUACCAGCCCUUCACUGCUCACUUCACUAAUGCGCCGCCCGUCACCCCCGUUGUACCGCACCCGACGUCCUCCAUUGCAUCACGGUCACAGGCUGACUUGGGGGUCUACAAUUCAGCUACGGUCCAGCGAGGCCUACCCGUCAUACCCCCAUCGCCCACCCCUACAUCCUGCUCUCCAGCUGGAUCUAGGGACAGGUCAGCUCAUCCGACUCUGUACCACAAGAAGUCAGCGUCACCCCUUCGGCCUCACAGAGAUUUCUCAGGCUACCCUUCGCAAUCCACAUUAUCAAUCCGGGAUCCAUCCUAUCAGUACCAAGUGGGACUGAGCAGUGCAGGGACUCACUGGACUGACAGCUAAUAUGGACCAUUUGGCCCAAGUCUGAAGUUCACCAAAGCUUCCAAAACCCCCACUGUGGGCUACAGUCAUGACAAACACUCAUGGUCAUUACCAGCUUUCACUCCAAAGCCAUUUUAGGACUGUUCCUGUAAGCGAGAGCACAUACAACCCU